AACUACUCGAAAAAUUGAGGAAAGAAGAAAAUGCUAAAAAAUAUGAAUCAAUAAUGAGAGACGUGAACGAAGCUAUAAAUGAAUCCUGUAUUUACGGUCUUAUAGGACGUGAUCAUAUUUGUAGCGAGAAUUUUCUAUUUGCAAAAGCAUCCACUGAUGUGGCAAUUCCCGACAACACAUUUGAGGACGUAUUUAAAAACUGGAUUUUAUUCGAUUCAGUAUAUCAAAGUUUUUGGUAA